AUGCAUAUCCCUACUUUCGGACAGGUUGCCACCAUUGGCAUGGCUUUCUUCGCCGCCGCUGCAUUGGCUGCUCCCAUCGCCGAGCCCCUCGAUGCCGACAUCGUCGAGCGAUCCACCGAUCUUGCUGCUCGUGGCGAGGGACUUGCCUUCACCGCUGUCAGCGCCCUCGAGCAGCGCAACAGCAAGAAGAAGUGCAAGCGUACCAACAACAAGGGCUACUGCACCGAUUCCGAUGACGACAAGAAGGACGAGAAGAAGAAGCAGUGCAAGCGCAACAAGAAGGGUGAUUGCUCCGACGAUGAGGAUGAGAAGAAGAAGGGCAACCAGAAGGAUGACAAGAAGAACGACAACAAGUACGACGACAAGAAGAAUGAUGACAAGCAGAAUGACGACAAGAAGAACGACAAGAACGAUGACAAGAAGGAUAAGAAGAAGAAGCAGUGCAAGCGCAACAAGAAGGGUGACUGCUCCGACGAUGAGGAUGAGAAGAAGAAGGGCAACCAGAAGGAUGACAAGAAGAACGACAACAAGUACGACGACAAGAAGAAUGAUGACAAGCAGAAUGACGACAAGAAGAACGACAAGAACGAUGACAAGAAGAAUGACGAUAAGAAGAACGAUGACAACAAGAACGGCAAGGACAACAAGGGUGGCUACUACUAA